AUGGAUCAAACGGAAUCAAAUUCUACUAAUACGAAUCAAUCACGAUUCAUUCGGAAAAAGUCGUCGUUUCUACGCGAUGGUUCCUAUCGAAUAUUUCACAUUACAGAAAAACCCAAUGAAAAUAUGGAUGAUAAUCAAGAACGAAAGAAAAAUACGGAAGAAACUGUAGAAAAUGAUCAAUUACAAGAGGAAACCGUCAAAACAGCCAGUCAAAACAGUUUAAAACAACUGUUGUUUCGUCAUGCUGAGACAUGUGAUGCAAGAUCAUCGACGGAAUUAAAAAUUUCGCCAGCAUCAUCACAUCCGUCGAUUAAGGAAUUCUCUCAAACGACUAUUUAUGCUGACUCGGCAUCGGUCAAUCUAUCGGAUAAGCACAAACAAGACACUAUGACGAAUUUAUUCGAGGAGACAAGCACGCGGAACUUGUCAGUUACUCGAUCCGAUCGGUUCGAGUCGCCAAGUCGGAAACAGGUGUUAAUCAACACUCAUCCUGAGCUACAAGCGAGUUUUCAUCGACGACGACAACGUUCUCUCAUCGCUUGUGCCACUGUAGCAAUUGCAUUGACUAUUAUCAUUACAAUUACGGUCUAUGUUAUUAUUAUGACGGUUCGAUAUAUCGCAAAACCGAAACAAUCGACAGUUCAACGUCAACCACGCAUUUGA